AAACGGUCACCACAGUAUCUUCCUUGCUUCCAUUAUCUUCUCCUCUGUUUAAUGCAAAGUUAAAAGCUGAAGUGUAUGUUGUCUUUAUGUUGAAAGAGUUUAAAUUCUAGUUGAAAACCAAAAUUUCAAGCGAGGAACUUUUCCAAUUGAGUGAAACCAGCACCCCAAACCAACCUUUAAACCAAUGUUCACUAACCCUAAUUUGUGACUUCUAUUCUUUGUUUUUGAGUUUUUGUUUUUCUCCUUACAUGUCUCACAAUCAAAUGCCAAGGUUAAAGUUUACCCUUUGUCUUUCUUACCCUCUUUCGUUUCACAAUUUUCCUGCUUUUCUUCUUUCUUAUCACUUUCAUUCACACUCUCGCCCUUCAUCCUUUCACAAUCCCCAAGAUGCCGUUACCUUGUUCAAUGGCAUGCUUCAAAUGCACCAACCACCACCCACCAUUCAGUUUAAUCGCAUUCUAGGAUCACUUAUGAGGAUCAAUCACUACCCUACAGUCAUUUCCCUCUUUAAGCAGUUGGAAUCCUGUGGAAUUAUUCCCACGGUUUGCACUUUAACCAUCCUCAUCAAUUGCUUUUGCCACCUCCGUCAAAUGGCCUCAGCUUUCUCUGUGUUCGGUAAAAUUCUCAAGAUGGGUCAUCACCCUAAUACCGUAACCUUCAACACACUCAUCAAUGGUCUCUGUAUCAGUGGUGAGGUCAAGAAAGCACUGAUCUUUCACCACAAUGUGGUAGCUCAGGGAGUUCGGUUGGAUCAAGUUAGUUAUGGAACCUUAAUCAAUGGGUUAUGCAAGAGUGGAGAAACCAGGGUUGCUGUGCAGUUGCUGAGAAAGAUUGAAGGACAUUUGGUCAUGCCUAAUGUGGUAAUGUACAGCUCAAUCAUUGAUAGCCUAUGCAAAGAUAAACUUGUUGCUGAGGCUAAUGAUUUAUACUCUGAAAUGGUUGUCAAGGGAGUUUCUCCCAAUGUCAUCACUUACACUGCUUUAAUGUAUGGUUUCUGCAUUGUGGAUCAAUUGCACGAAGCCAUUGAUUUAUUUAGCCAAAUGGUACUAAAAAACAUCAGCCCGGAUGUGUAUACCUUCAAUGUAUUGGUUGAUGCCUUCUGUAAGGAAGGAAAGUUGAAACAAGCUAAACAUAUGCUGGCUGUGAUGGUGAAAGCUGGUGUAAAACUUAAUGUUAUUACCUAUAAUUCUUUAAUGGAUGGGUAUUAUUUAGUCAAGGAUGUGAAGAGGGCCAGAGAUGUAUUUAACACUAUGACUUUAAGGGGAGUGAUUCCGGAUGUUCGGAGCUACAACAUUAUGAUUAAUGGAUUAUGUAAGAAUAAGAUGGUGGAUGAGGCGGUCAAUAUGCUUGAAGAAAUGCAUCAGAAAAAUAUUGUUCCAAACACAGUGACUUACAAUUCCGUUAUUGAUGGUUUAUGCAAAUCAGGAAAAUUAUCUCAUGUUUGGAAGCUUAUUGAUGAGAUGCAUGAUACUGAUAAACAUGUUGAUGUAGUCACCUACAAUUGUUUGUUACAUGCUUUGUGCAAAAGCCAUCAGGUAGAUAGGGCAAUUGAACUACUAAAAAAAAUUAAAGACAGUGGACUUCAGCCCACUGAGUAUACAUACACAAUACUUAUUGAUGGAUUUUGCAAAGGUGGAAGACUUAAGAGGGCACAAGAGAUUUUCCAGAAUCUUUUGAUUAAAGGAUAUCAUCUAAAUGUCAGGACAUAUAACGUUAUGAUCAAUGGACUUUGUAAAUGGGGCUUGUUUGAUGAAGCUUUGGCCAUGCUGUCAGAAAUGGAAGAAAGUGGUUGCAACCCUAAUGCUGUAACUUAUGAAACUGUUAUUUGUUAUCUCUUUGAUGAAAAUAAAAAUGAUAUGGCUGAGAAACUUCUUCGUGAAAUGAUUGCUAGAGACUUAUUGUAGGAUUUAAACUAGGUGAGAUCUUUUUUAGUUUUUGGCCUAAGGUUAAUUGAAUUUUAAUGGCGAUUUUAUCAUAUUAGUGCUUCAGAUAUCAAACCAAGCUGAACGUGUUAUGAUUAUUUGGUAUUGGAAUACGUAAUCUCUUUGAUUUUUAGAUAUGCAGGAUUUGCUAAUGAAUAAAGGAUCAAGGGUUGAAGGUUGGCAUCUAAAAGGCAUGAUGGUUGAGGGCUGAAUUUAUAUAUUCAAUGUAAGUGUUUCAGAUUUGUAUAACUUUUUAAUGAAGGCUCAAUGAAGGAUAAUAUUUAAAGGGGAAGAUAAGCAUUUGAAGAAGAAGAAUGUUCAAGAUACCAUGUCAGAAGUUCUUCACCACAAGCAUCUCCUUCAGACAAGGGAACUCCAACUCCAUCUUCUCCAAUGCUCUCCAAUUUUCCGCGCACAAUAAAGAUCAUCUUCUCAACUAGACAAC